UGUUGAGUUGCGUGUUGAAGAGUCUCAAGAUUAUUUUAGAGAUGGCGACAAAAUGUUAACUGCCACUUUUGGGCACUCUCAACUACUCUUCUGUACUUCCAAAGUAGUAGUAUUAAUUUUGAUCUUCUUCUUCAAACUAUAAUUUUAAAGCACAAAUAGACUGGACAACAGUUUUCCCAGAGAGAACAAAUAAUACCAUCACUUGCUCGGCUCCGUUAACAAAACAAGACCAAAAGGAGAAUGGAGUACCAAUCUUUUGGAAGAGUCCAGAGACCAAAAGGGGCUAACAUAAUGCAGGCAUUGAAGGUGAUCCUGGUUUUGGCUGUUGGUGCAUGGCUGUUAUAUCAGGUCAAGCACUCGAGAAACGAUACAGAGAACUAUAGCGAUCAAACCGAGUUUGAUGGAGCUAUAUUGUUGGGGCGUAAAGGGAUGCCAUCACGGUUAGAUGAAAUGGAUUUUCCUGACUCAGGAAAUGUAGAUUCUGCAGGAGAAGCUAAUGAGUCAAGUAAUGGCAGGGAUGAUGGGUCUGGUGGAGCCAAGGAAGAUAAGGCUGAAGAAGAGUUUGGACAUAUCUAUGAGAUAUUCAGCAGAGGAAAAGAAGUGGAACUUGAACCAGAAAGUACUCAACCUGAGUUAUCAUCCAAAAUUCAACACAAACAUUUGUCCAAAACAAAAUCUGAAAAGGUUGGUUUAGAAUCAAGAAGUGAGUCAGGUCACAAAGAGCAUGGCAAUGAGAAAUACCCAAGGAUACCAAUAAUAAAUGAUUCUAAAAGUAAUGACAAAGAAGAAGAAGUACAACUCAGGGAACAGCUAAAGGAAGUGCAGGUUAGAAAGAAUGCUACAUCAGAUUUCUCAAAAAUGGAGAAUGAUGGGGAUGAGUGGCCCAAAAUUAGAGAAAAGGAAACCAGGAUGCACAAAAAUGUGGCCGAUAAUGACAAAAAUGCUGAAGUGACAGAGGAAAUAAAUGAGGUUCAAAGCUUUCAUGAUGAAAAUGGUGUCCCACCUAAUGUUAAUGAAACUGAAAUAGUGCAUGAAGAAAACAUUUCAAAUGCUGGCAAAGGAAGUUGGUUUAGAAAACACAUUUAUGAAGUCACAUAUGUAGAAGAUAACACUGUUGAAGUGAAUUGGGAAGCAUCAAAGAACCAUGCUGAUGAAGAAAUUAAUACAGUAAGUAUUACUCAAGUCGACCCUUCAGGCAUCAAACGCAAUUCAGAAAUUGAUGGAGAUAGCUAGUUUGGUUUUUAUAAGAUUAUGUUUCUCAUAAUUGUAAACAAGAGUGUUCAUAGAUGCCACUUUUCCUUACAAAAAUAAAAUAAAAUUACAGAGCUCUAAGGAGUAAGCUCCUAGGCUAUACAGGAUGUCUUCUUUCUUUAAUUCAUGAUUCAUGACUAUGUAUGAUGUAAUUAUUCAUAGGGAAUGUAACGUUGCAGAUAUUUUCCUCCAAGAGAUCACUAGCUGCACAAUUUAGUCCAGGUUUCAUUUAGAUAUGCAGUAUUCUUUUUCUUGAAUUUGAAAACCUGUAUAGGCUAAGUUCAAUGUAAUUGUUGUGAAUGACACUUGUUUUCAGUUA